UUGCCGCAUGAAAACAUAUCAGAACUGUCAAAAUUAGGUAUAACUUUUAUUUUGGUCGGAAGGUGGCCAGGAGUGGCCCCCGACGGAAUACACCGCCCGAACGCCCCACCCGCGGCACAAAAUGGAAGUCGUCGAGCACGAGGACUUUGACUAUGGCGAGCUGAAGAACGACACGGCCUUCAUCAGGAAAAACGAAAACCUGUCGGAGUGCAUCGAGCGCAUCCGGCAGAACCUGGCCGUGGCCCGGGAGGACUAUAAAAACUACGAGAGCUUCACGCUGGAGGAAAAGGUCAAGUACGAUCUGCAUCUGUCGUACAGCAUCAACUCGCUUUACUGGAUGUAUCACAAAAUCAUCGGGUUGGACCCGAACAAGCACGGCAUCAAGGACGAGCUGGCACGCAUAAAGGCCGCGAUGCUGCGCGAGAAGGAGAUCUACGACCACAAGUACAACCGGCCGCAGCUGGACCAGGGCGCGGCAAAGCGCUUCGUCCGGGCUGGGCUGUACGACCACAAGAACCGUGAUAAGCCAGAGGCUAACGAUCCGCCGCCGAACAAGAAGAUCCGCUUCGAGAACUAGUGAACCGGGGAGCUGUGGCCAAAGGUGGAGGGUGGCGGCGGGGCCCCGGGUCACCGCCUCGCUCCCUUCGGGGGUACAAAUUAUUGUUAUCGCUUCAGGUGGGAUAGUUUUGUAAGUUUACCGAUUUUUUUUUCUUAUAUUAUAUACAGCUGAACGCUCGAUUGAUAUCUUCCCGUGAAUCGUGGAACGCCGUUUCGCGGUAAACUGUUCCUCUAAUCAAACAACCGGGGUUGCUUCGCAGAAAACAGAACGAAUCUUAACAAAGAUUAAGAAUAAACCUAUAAUUUAGUCAAUAAGUUUAAA